AUGCUCUGGGAAGAGUGGCUAGCCCGGGCUGAGCCUCCCGGCAGGCAGCUGGAGGCCCUUGGACCCCUCCCAGGGGUCUUGCGUUGGGCUGAGACGGGAGCUGGCGGUGGGGACGCCACGUUCCUGAUGUCCGGCCGAGCCCUGAGCUCAGCUUGGACGUCUGUCCAGUGUCUGCUCUGCGUGUCCGCGCUGCCGGGAAAGGCUGAGGGCGCUUGGGGCCAGCGGCGCUGCUGGGGCUGGAUGUUCCUCCCUGCCCAACUCUCCUCUUUCCUCCCCCGGGUAGACAAAGACCCUCUGGCUCACAAGAAGGUCUCCAGUUUGACCAUAAACUUUGGGCCCCAGCACCCAGCUGCCCACGGGGUCCUGCGGUUGGUCAUGGAGCUGAGCGGGGAGACGGUGAAGAAGUGCGACCCCCACGUUGGCCUUCUGCACCGAGGCACCGAGAAGCUCAUCGAGUACAAGACGUACCUCCAGGCGCUGCCCUACUUCGACCGUCUGGACUACGUCUCCAUGAUGUGCAACGAGCAGGCCUAUUCCCUGGCCGUGGAGAAGCUGCUCAACAUCCGCCCGCCCCUGAGGGCUCAGUGGAUCCGAGUCCUCUUCGCGGAGAUAACCCGGCUGCUCAACCACAUCAUGGCCGUGACCACGCACGCGCUGGACAUCGGGGCCAUGACCCCCUUCUUCUGGAUGUUUGAGGAGAGGGAGAAGAUGUUCGAGUUCUACGAGCGGGUCUCGGGGGCGCGGAUGCACGCUGCCUACAUCCGCCCCGGCGGGGUGCACCAGGACCUGCCCCUGGGGCUGAUGGACGACAUCUACGAGUUCGUGAAGAAUUUCUCCAUGCGGAUAGACGAGGUGGAGGAGAUGCUCACGAACAACCGCAUCUGGAAGAACCGCACGGUCGACAUCGGAGUGAUAACAGCGGAGGAGGCUCUCAACUACGGCUUCAGCGGGGUGAUGCUCCGGGGCUCGGGGAUCCACUGGGAUCUACGCAAGACCCAGCCCUACGACGUCUAUGACCAGGUGGAGUUUGACGUCCCCAUCGGCUCCCAGGGCGACUGCUAUGACAGGUACCUGUGCCGAGUGGAAGAGAUGCGACAGUCCCUCCGUAUCAUCCUCCAGUGCCUCAACAAGAUGCCUGAGGGGGAGAUCAAAGUAGACGAUGCCAAAAUCUCCCCUCCGAAGCGGGCAGAGAUGAAGACAUCCAUGGAGUCCCUGAUCCAUCACUUCAAGCUCUACACGGAGGGCUACCAGGUGCCCCCCGGAGCCACCUACACGGCCAUCGAGGCCCCCAAGGGCGAAUUCGGCGUCUACCUUGUUUCGGACGGCAGCAGCCGCCCCUACCGCUGCAAGAUCAAGGCGCCUGGAUUCGCUCACCUGGUAGGAGAGGCUGGGGCGGCCGGCGGCAUCGGGCUCAGCGGUGAGGGCCAGGAGAUGUACGAAACCCUCCAGAUCAAACGCUCCUGA